AGACCACACAAGAACUAUCCACCGAUAACAAAACUCUCUUUUCUUUUUCCAUUUCCAUCAUCUCAACAGUUUCUCAAUUUGGGAUAUCCUUGAAAGUAUCAUAUUUAUGAACAUUCUAGGCGUAUGGUGGGUGUUAUUUAUGCACGUCAAACACGGCCUACCAAAUGGAGCUAGGAGGAGAUUUCUCUCCACAGAGGAAAUCUGGAGGGAGAGGAAAGAUCGAAAUCAAACGGAUCGAGAACACAACCAAUCGCCAAGUCACUUUCUGCAAACGCAGAAAUGGUUUGCUCAAGAAAGCUUACGAACUCUCUGUUCUUUGUGACGCUGAAGUCGCACUCAUCGUCUUCUCUAGCCGCGGUCGUCUCUAUGAGUACUCAAACAACAGUGUAAAAGGGACAAUCGAGAGGUACAAGAAGGCAAUAUCGGAUAAUACUAACACCGGAACGGUAGCAGAAAUUAACGCACAGUAUUAUCAACAAGAAUCGGUCAAAUUGCGUCAACAAAUUAUCAGCAUACAAAACUCAAACAGGCAAUUGAUGGGUGAGACAAUAGGGUCAAUGUCUCCCAAAGAGCUUAGGAAUUUGGAAGGCAGAUUAGACCGAAGUAUUAAUCGAAUCCGAUCUAAGAAGAAUGAACUCUUAUUUGCCGAAAUUGACUACACGCAGAAGCGAUCUAUGCAGGAGGCUGAUUUGCAUAGUGAUAACGAGCUUCUUCGUGCUAAGAUAGCUGAAAAUGAGGGGAACAAUCCAAGUAUGAAUCUUAUGCCAGGAGGAUAUGAGCAGAUUAUGCAACCGCUUCAAACUCAACCUCAACCGUUUGAUUCACGGAACUAUUUCCAAGUCGCUGCAUUGCAACCUAACAAUCACCAUUACUCAUCCGCGGGUCGCCAAGACCAAACUGCUCUUCAGUUAGUGUAGUGUUGGGUGAAGCCUGAAGGGUCGAUGAGUGAAUAAGAACCAUGUAUUGGGUUAAAAAAUGAGCAAUAUAAAGCUAAUGCAAUGUUAUUUAAAUAUGUAAUAUCUGUUUAUUUAUUUCACGAGUGUUGUAUCAGUGAUUUCUAUAAUUAUUUAUAUGAAGAUAACCAAUGUGCUUACUUUGGUUAAAAGAAAA